CAAUUCAUUCCUAGCCAUUGCCAUCCCUCUCACACCUCUCCCCAUGCUGGCAUUACUGGCUGGAAGCAGGCUAGCUCGCAGCAACCCACGCUGAUGCCCAGUUUCCUGAGGCAACUUUCUUCUGUUACUUGGCCAGCUUUUUUGGAUCGCUCGCUCGGAAGUGGCUGAUGCUGCGGGACUUGCUGGACUGAGCGGAGGCUUUACUGGGAACACAUCGAAGCCUGACUGCCACAAGCACUUGAGCCUGAGCCCGGACUGGAAAAUGCACUUGCUGGAAGUAGCACUACUUUUUCUUUACACGGUAUUCCAAGGAGACACUGCUUAUGAGUCAGGACAGGGUUAUUACGACGAGCCGGAGUUUGGGGACUUUAAGGAUCAUCCUGGCAAGGAAUUGGAGGAGCAACUUCGGGCUGUGUCCAGCGUGGAUGAACUUAUGACACUGCUUUACCCCGAAUCCUGGAAGAUGUUCAAGUGUCAAUUAAGGCAAGGAGGACAGUCCGGCUUUGAUUCUAGAAGAGAUGAUAGUGUUAAAUAUGCAGCUGCACAUUACAAUUACAAUGCUGAUAUCUGGAAAAGUAUUGAAAUCGAAUGGAGAAAGACUCAAUGUAUGCCACGUGAAGUGUGUGUAGAUGUAGGGAAGGAAUUUGGUGCACCAACAAACACGUUCUUUAAACCUCCAUGCGUGUCUCUGUACAGAUGUGGCGGAUGCUGCAACAGCGAAGGAUUGCACUGCAUGAACACCAGCUCCUCAUAUAUCAGCAAAACGUUAUUUGAAAUCACUGUCCCAUUGUCUCAAGGACCAGUAAAACCAGUAACAAUUAGUUUUGCAAACCAUACAUCUUGUCGAUGCAUGUCUAAGUUGGAUGUUUACAGACAAGUCCAUUCAAUUAUUAGACGAUCAUUGCCAGCAACACAAAUACAGUGUCAAGUGGCAAAUAAAACAUGUCCUAGAAAUUAUGCAUGGAAUAAUCAUUUGUGCAAAUGUAUAGAACAACAUGACACUGGGUUUUCAUUACAUCACGAGGAGUCAGAUUCUGGUGAGGAAUUUCAUGAUAUUUGUGGACCAAACAAAGAAUUGGAUGAAGAAACCUGCCAAUGUGUUUGCAAAGGGGGAUUGCUACCCUCCAGUUGCGGCCCUCAUAAAGAACUGGACCGGACAUCUUGCCAGUGUGUGUGUAAAAAUAAACUUCUGUCCACUUCCUGUGGAAUAAACAAGCAGUAUGAUGAAGAGAGAUGCCAGUGUGUCUGUAAAAAGACCUGUCCAAAACACCAGCCACUGAACCCUAUAAAAUGUGCCUGUGAAUGUGUAGAAUCAGUAAACACAUGUUUCCUCAGAGGAAAAAGAUUCAAUCAUCAAACAUGCAGUUGUUACAGACCACCAUGUAAGUCUCGACCGAAGCGGUGUGACCCAGGUCUGUUCUAUAGUGAAGAAGUGUGUCGCUGUGUUCCUGCAUAUUGGAAAAGACCAUAAAUGAACUGAUUCUACAGUCAGAGGAUAUAUUUUAUCUGCUUCUGAACAGAGGGACGACUUUGUCUUGUUCUGAGUAUUGGAUCAACGUUUCCAUUAGGAACCCUGUUCAGAGUAGAGACAGUGCAAUUUGCAUCAAGUAAGUCCAGGAUCCAUGCUUAAAAAAUCGACCAAGAUUUUUUCCCACCAAUUUUAAGGGCUUGAAAGGACAUUUUUCUGCAAUGACACACAAGCCCAUAUUUUUCCUGUGAUUUUUUUUUAUCAAGAUAAUGACUAUAUAAUUUAUUUCCACUAAAAAUAUUGUGCAGCCUCUUUGUUUAUAGCAAUAUCAAUGUAAAAGUGCACUGUGAUUAAUAUUUUUAUAUCAUGUAAAAUAUGUUUAAUAAAAAAAGAACAGAAACUUGUACUAUAAACCACCAAAU